GUCACUUGGAGCGUACUUCGUAAAUUGGCUCAACGAGCGCUGGGAAGUUCGGAUACUGGAUCGGAAAACAUGGGAUACCUAUUCAUGCCUACACUUAACGAGGUGGAAGACGAUCCUGGUUUCGAUGGGCUGCCCACGUUCCUGGCUCAAGCCGUUUGGCCUCGAUCUCCACCGGCAUUGGUGGGAAACACACUGCAACAAAUCCUGCACAUAAUGACCGAGGUCACAGAUCCUCCCAUCUUGAGUAUGGAGCAUAUGCGAAUCGGGAUUACCCGCGCAUGUCGUCUCAUGGCUCGUAGCGAAUGUGGACGGGCAGGGCAGCCGGCUGGAUUCACAUUACCUCCAUUCUGGCGCACUGAUCCACCACUCUGGUUUGCAAGUGCUGAAGCACAAUUCCUCAUACAUCGAGUUGAUGCUCAAGAGAUUCGAUUCGCACACGUUGUGAGCGCAUUGCAACCGGAUGUUACCAAGGAAUUACGUGAGCUCAUUCUGACCCCACCUUCGGAUAGGCCGUACGAAACGAUCAAGGAACGACUGUGCUCCAUGACCGAUUCACUACGGGAGCAACAUAUCCAACUGCAAGUCGCCGACGAGCAAUUGGGCGCAGAUAAACCAACAGAUUUCCUUCGAAGGUUACAGGAAAAAUUGGGUCCCACGUGCCGCGACGAUGAGUUGAAGACUGUGUUUAUUCAGAAACUACCCAUUUGCACGCAGCAAGUGCUAGAACCAGUUUCUCAAGAGUUAAAUGUUGUCAAGCUGGCCCAACUAGCCGAUCGAAUAGCAGCACAAACUGAACAGGAUAAAGCAAAUCAAAAUGAACCACAGUGCUCAGUCAGAGUUCAGAUACAUCAAUUAAACGAAACGUUGCAAGAUCUGAAGUCUGUGGUUCGACAACUGUCACAUUAUAUAACAAUAACAAAUAAAGUGUGCGAUCUAAACGGGAACGGAAUCAAAAUAUGCUGGUAUCAUCGACGUUACGGCGGAAAAGCUUUCAAAUGUGCCCGAUCCUGUGCACUAUCCCACACAUUCACAUCCACUGCAAGGCACCUAUCGGGCAAUCAGGAUUGA